CCGUCUCUCUAGGGCAGCCUCCUCUGGGAGCCCCUCGCGGGGCCGGCGCUAAGAUGCAGAGGCGCGUCGCGGCCGGACUCACCUCGUCACCUCGGCGUAGUCCCCUCGGCUCAUGCCCCCAAAGCAAAGCCCCGACUCCACGGUCAGACAACCCUCUAGACGCGUCCACCUCAGCGCCGCCAGCUGCCAGGCCACCCGUGACGCACUACGCCUGCGCCGCCGCCCCGCCCCGUGACGUCACGACGCCCGCGCCGCCGCCGUCGCUGCGGUCGUGCGAGUCUUCCUAGUAGACUGGGCGCUAGCUGUGGGUGUUCACAAGAAUUGUCUUCAGUCAUGGCCUUGGGUUUAAGGUGCUCCCGCUUGGUCCACCCUGCCUUUUGCAACUUCCUUGCAGCCUUGACCAGACCUGUUUCAGAAGUUACGCUGAAGACAGUGAGUGGAAGACAGAAUGACCACGGGCAAUACCUGGCCUAUCCAGCUGUACCAAUCCGUCAUUUCGCUACCAAGAAAGCCAAAGCCAAAGGGAAAGGACAGUCCCAAACCAGAAUGAAUCUUAACACUGCCUUGGUUGAGGAUAUAAUCAGCUUGGAAGAGGUGGAUGAAGAAAUGAAGUCGGUGAUAGAAGCGCUCAAGGAUAAUUUCAAUAAGACUGUCAAUAUAAGGACCUCACCAGGAUCCCUUGAUCAUAUCACUGUGGUAACUGCUGAUGGGAAACUUGCUCUAAACCAGAUUGGCCAGAUCUCCAUGAAGUCGCCACAGCUGAUUUUGGUGAAUAUGGCCAGCUUCCCAGAGUGUACAGCUGCAGCCAUCAAGGCUAUAAGAGAAAGUGGAAUGAAUCUGAACCCAGAAGUGGAAGAGACGCUAAUUCGGGUACCCAUUCCCAAAGUAACCAGGGAGCACAGGGAAAUGCUGGUGAAACUGGCUAAACAGAACACCAACAAGGCCAAAGACUCUUUACGGAAGGUUCGUACCAACGCAAUGAAUAAGCUGAAGAAAUCGAAGGAUAAGGCCUCGGAGGACACCAUUAGGCUCAUAGAGAAACAGAUCAGCCAAAUGGCCGACGACACAGUUGCAGAGCUGGACAGACAUCUGGCAGUGAAAACCAGAGAACUCCUUGGAUGAAAAUCCCCCAGGGGCCAGCAGUGCUCCCAAGCCCAGUUUCUAGUAGGUCCCAUGGGUGGCAAAUUGGCACCUCUCUACCCCAUCCACACGGAAGGCUGUCCCCACGCACUUGUCAGUCCUUGGAAGGCCCAGCCUUCCAGUGGGAUACUGUUGAUUCCCUUCCUCCUGUCCCCUGUCCACCCCAUCUGCUCUGGACCUUCUGGCCUGGGUGGCCCUCAGAGAGUCUCUGUUGCUGACAGAGGGCCUUUCCUCGGGCCAUUUGCCUUGACUGUGACAUCACCGAGCUGUCAGGACCAUUGGCAGGCUUGGCACUGCCUGCACCUCACCUUGGUAGCCUCCUUUUCAAACAAUUAGUCAGGCCCUGUCCCCACCUUUGAACUCUGCUUGGGCCAAUGUGGGCCUUCACCUGUGCCUGGAUACCUUUGCUAGAGGCCCAUUUUCUAACCAAACAAUAAAAUCUAAAUAAAUUGAUUGGAAAGAAUAACAACCGCAAAGGAAAGGAUGGACUCAGUCUGAAUUAAUGAUCUCUGAGUACCUAUGUGUAAGCAUCCAGAGCAGCGCUUUUGCCUCCGAGUCAUCACACGUGCUCUUUUCUCUGCCUGGACCAUUCUCCCACUCCUCACGUGGCUGGUCCUGUUCAUCCCUGGCUCUCAGCUUGGAUAGCACUUCCUUGAGGAAGUCUUCGUUUAUUCCCCCAACCUAGGACGCCUGUUAUUGGCUCUUCUAGCACUGUCCACUGCUUUUAUCUGAACCUUAAUUGUUCUUUUUGGUAAUUAGUCUGUAUAUUUUUAGUUUCCUUAGAAGUUAGCAUAAUGCCUGGAACAUAGUAGGCAUUCAAAUGUACUGUGAAUGAAUUGCACGUAGUAGCUACUCAACAAAUGCUGGCUUUUUCCUUUCUUUCUGGUCUUAACACAGUUAUUCUGUCAUUUUCUACUCUUUCCUUUGUCCUCAACAUUUACUUGGUAAUGAGAUCCCUGUCCCCAGAGCCUACCUGU